ACCAAAACCAUUCCCCCCCCCCCCCCCCCCCCCCCCUCGCUCUCUCUCUCUCUCUCUCUGCUUCCCUCCUCUGUUUCGACGUACGUACAUUCCCAGUGCAGCUGCAGCGCCAGUCUGUAACCAUAACCAUAACCAUGGUGGUCCUCACCAAGGGCGAGCUGGAGCAGAUCACGCUCCCGGCCGUGCAACGCGCGGCGCCGCCGCUGGCCUUCGUGCCGGAGGUCGACCUGUCCGCGGCGGCGGCGUCCGUCGCCGCCCGGUCGGCGGCCGCGCGCGCGGUGGCCAAGGCGUGCGAGGACCACGGGUUCUUCAAGGUGACGGGCCACGGCGUGCCGGCGCCGCUCCUGGCGCGCCUCGAGGCCGCCGCCGCCGCCUUCUUCGCGCUCCCGCAGCGGGACAAGGACAAGGCCGCGGCCGCCGCUGUUGGCGGGAGCCCGCCGUUUGGGUACGCCAGCAAGCGGAUUGGCGGCAACGGCGAUCUCGGCUGGGUUGAGUACCUCCUGCUUGGCGUCACCCCCGCCGGCGCCGCCGCUGCACCCUCGGCGUUGUCCGCCGCGCCAGUGUCGUCUGCGUCCGAGGGCGCCGCGCCAUCCUGUUGUUUCCGUGAUGUUCUGGACGAGUACAUCGCGGCGGUGCGACGCAUGACGUGCACGGUGCUGGAGCUGAUGGCGCAAGGCCUGGGCCUGGACGACGACACGGCCGUGUUCAGCAGGCUGGUGCUGGACCGGGACAGCGACUCCAUGCUGAGGGUGAACCACUACCCGCCGCGGCCCGAGACCGCCGCCGCCGCCGGCGAGCCGGCGGAGGUGAGGCGGCCGCGGCUGACGGGGUUCGGCGAGCACACCGACCCGCAGAUCAUCUCCGUGCUCCGGUCCAACGACACGGCCGGGCUGGAGAUCUCGCUCCGGGAUGGCUCCUGGGUCUCCGUCCCCUCCGACACCCAAUCCUUCUUCGUCAACGUCGGCGACGCAUUGCAGGUGCUGACGAACGGGCGGUUCCGGAGCGUGCGGCACCGGGUGAUGGUGAGCAGCGGGCGGCCGCGGGUGUCGGUCAUCUUCUUCGGCGGGCCGCCGCCGCGGGAGCGCCUGGCGCCGCUGCCGGGGCUGGUGGACAGGGAGGGCGGCCGCCGACGGUACAGGGAGUUCACGUGGAGGGAGUACAAGACCUCGGCGUACCGGACCAAGCUCGCCGACAACAGGCUCUGCUACUUCGAGACGACGACCGCCGCCGCCGCCGCGACCAGCUAGCCGCGCUGAGUUUUGAAUGUGUCGUCGGCUACCUUUUGAUGUGUGUGUAGUGUAGAACGAAAUGUUUGCGUGUCGUAUAGUUUUCUGUCAAUGCAAAUUAAAGGCGGCUGGUAAGGUAUUGGUCAGUUCGUCGCUUUUAUUUGUAGAGAGAUUGGUGGAACUGGAACGUGAUGCCUCUCGGCGUACUAUAUAGUUAGGCCGGGGAAAUCCCUGGUGUAAGGCCAGUCUCAAUGGAGUUUUAUUAGAGUUUUAUGCA